CGCAUGCGCGCUGGUGCUCCCGGACAACGCUGGCGCCGCCCGGGGCCGUCAUUCUGUGGUCUGCAAUGGCGGACUCGGUUUCGUGUGUGGGUGUGCUGGGGUUGCUACUUGUGUCUGCACUGCCCGGGGUCCUCGGAGACCGCUCCAGCCCCGACCUCCGGGCACACCCAGGAGACCCCUUCCAGGUCGGCCCUGAGGCCGCGGAACCCCGGCGACGGCCGCCGCCCAAGGACCAGCGCGAGCGGGCCCGGGCCGGGGCUCUGCCUCUGGGGGCGCUGUACACCGCAGCUGUCGUGGCUUUUGUGCUGUACAAGUGUUUGCAGCAGGGGAAAGAUGAGAAUGCUGUUCUCCAAGAGGAGGCAGGCAAGAAAGAAUCACUGCAGUCAGAGCAACAGUUGGCCCAAUUGACACAACAGCUGGCCCAGACAGAGCAACACCUGAACAAUCUGAUGGCCCAGCUGGACCCCCUUUUUGAGCGUGUGACUACCCUGGCUGGAGCCCAGCAGGAGCUUCUGAACAUGAAGCUUCAGACCAUGCACCAGCUGCUACAAGAGAGCAAGCCAAACAAGGGUGUGGAGGUUCCAGAACCAGAGGCCAGCAUACCCUUUCCUGAGGACUUAUGUAUAGAGGAGGAGGAGGAGGAGGCUGGUGACAGUCUGGCCUGGGAGGAGCCCUUGAACUGGAGCACAGAGACAAAGAACCUAGCUCCUCCCUGGGAAGUGGAGCAGGGGCUAAGGAGAAGAUGCAGCAAGGCUGUGGGAAGGGCCGCGGCCUCAGUCCCCGCCUGGGAGGAGGAACAACAGCUGAAGGUUUAGUAAAACAAAGUCUGUUCUUGUGACUGGA